AUGCCGUCUUCCCUGAAGGCCCUGCCAGCUUUCAGAAGGUCAAAGGAAGAUGAUCCUAAGCCCAAGAAGACGAAGAAGGGGAAGGAAGCCAAUGGAGACAUUGGUGAAAAAAGCCCUAAGCUCAAGAAUGGAUUCUCUCAUUCUGAGUUGAAUUCCACCUCCAAAGAAGCUACUGGUGAAGGAAGCAGUGAAAGUAGUGAGGCGGAGAAGGAAACAACUGUGGAACAGAAAGAAGAAGCUUUCUCUAAUUUUCCCAUAUCUGAAGAGACUGUCAAGCUUCUCAGAGCUCGUGGAGUAAACUUCCUAUUUCCUAUACAAGCCAAGACAUUCCACCAUGUAUACAGUGGGAAAGACUUAAUUGCCCAGGCGCGGACGGGAACAGGGAAGACAUUCUCCUUUGCCAUCCCUUUGAUUGAGAAGCUUCAAGAUGGGCUACAAGGCAGGAAGAGAGGCCGUGCCCCUCAGGUGCUAGUUCUCGCACCUACAAGAGAAUUAGCAAAUCAAGUGAGCAAAGACUUCAGUGACAUCACAAAAAAGCUGUCAGUGGCUUGUUUUUAUGGUGGAACUCCCUACGGUGGUCAGAUCGAACGUAUGCGGAGUGGGAUGGAUAUCCUGGUUGGGACCCCGGGUCGUAUUAAAGACCACCUACAGAAUGGCAAGCUAGAUCUCACUAAACUUAAACAUGUUGUCUUGGAUGAAGUUGACCAGAUGUUGGAUAUGGGUUUUGCUGAUCAAGUAGAAGAAAUUUUAUGUGUGGCAUACAAGAAAGAUUCUGAAGACAACCCCCAAACAUUGCUUUUCUCUGCAACUUGCCCUCAUUGGGUGUUUAAUGUUGCUAAGAAAUACAUGAAAUCUACAUACGAACAGGUGGACCUGAUUGGUAAAAAGACUCAGAAAGCAGCCAUAACUGUGGAGCACUUGGCGAUUAAGUGUCACUGGAGUGAGAGGGCUGCAGUUAUUGGGGAUGUGAUCAGAGUGUACAGUGGUCAUCAAGGGCACACCAUCAUCUUCUGUGAAACCAAGAGAGAAGCCCAGGAACUAUCACAGAACUCAUGCAUAAAGCAGGAUGCCCAGUCUUUACAUGGCGACAUUCCACAGAAGCAAAGAGAAAUCACCCUGAAAGGUUUCCGAAAUGGCAGUUUCGGGGUUUUGGUCGCAACCAAUGUUGCUGCACGUGGGUUAGACAUCCCUGAAGUUGACUUGGUUGUUCAAAGCUGUCCACCAAAGGAUGUGGAGUCCUAUAUUCACCGUUCGGGGCGAACAGGCAGAGCUGGAAGGACAGGGGUUUGCAUCUGCUUUUAUCAACACAAGGAAGAAUACCAGUUAGCACAAGUGGAGCAGAAAGCGGGAAUUAAAUUUAAACGGAUAGGUGUUCCAUCUGCAACAGAAAUAAUAAAAGUACGAAAUAAAAAGGCCAUGGGUGGAGAUAUCCAUGAGGGAGCCGUGCCUGUCUUAGAAUACCCGUUAGAUAUUGGGAAUAGUGCUGCAAUGAACAUCAAUGUGCAAGGAUCACUGAUACUUGGUAAUGGCGUCCUUUGGGCACCACCUCAUGACAGCACCGUAGGCUGCAGACAAGCCUUCAACGUUGGCCUCUGGAGGACCGCCAAGGUACCAGUGAUAGCAGGAGCAUGA